AUGAGCGAUCAAUCGAACCAGUUCUCGCCGCGCUUCGACGAGAAAGACCGCGAUCCCACAUGCCCAUCUCCUCAUCAGCUAGAUGCAGAAGAACCAUCCACAGGGUCGGCCCCAAAGCCACCUACUGGCCCCAGUCCACCCCCAAACGGCGGCCUUGACGCCUGGCUGCACGUACUUGGCGGCUUCAUGCUCUUCUUCAACACGUGGGGCAUGCUCAACACCUUUGGCGUCUUCCAAACAUACUACGAGUCCGGCGCCCUCUUCUCCCGCUCCUCCUCUGAUAUCUCUUGGAUUGGGUCAAUCCAGGCAACAAUGCUCCUGCUUGUCGGCUUUGUUACUGGACCGAUCUAUGACCGGGGGUACCUCCGCGCGCUUCUUGUGGCAGGAAGUUUCGGUAUCGUCUUCGGGACAAUGAUGCUUAGUCUCUGCAAGGAGUACUGGCAGGUUCUCCUCGCCCAAGGCUUCACCGUUGGAAUCGGCGCAGGGUGUCUAUUCGUCCCCUGUGUCUCACUCCUCCCGACAUACUUCAGCACGAAACUCGGGGCAGCUCUCGGUCUUGCCGUCUCCGGGUCCUCACUAGGCGGAGUCAUCUACCCCAUCGUUCUCAACCGCCUGCUGGGCCCGCUGGGCUUUGGCUGGUCCGUCCGUGUAAUCGGCUUCAUUGCGCUCGGCACCCUUCUCCUCCCAAUUGCGAUCAUGAAGCAGCGCGUCAAGCCGCCCAAGGCCCGUGCGCUAAUCGACUGGUCUGCGUUUACCGACGUCCCAUACAUGACCUUCGUCCUCGGCGGCCUCAUCGCAUUCAUGGGUCUCUUCACGCUCUUCUUCUACAUCUCAUACGUCGGGUCCGCGCGCGGACUAGUUUCAAACGACAUGGCCUUCUACCUCGUCCCGAUCCUCAACGCAGCAAGCUGCUUCGGCCGAACCAUCCCCAACGCCAUGGCGGAUAAACUCGGUCCCUUCAACCUGAUCACGCCUUGCUGCGCAAUGGUCGGCGUGCUCAUCCUGUGCCUGAUCACCGUGACAAGCGAAGCAGGCCUGAUCGUCAUCGCGGUCUUCUCGGGGUUCUUCAGCGGCGCGCUGAUUGGGCUCCCGCCAUUGUGCUUUGUCGCGCUUACGGAGGAUAAGAGUAAGAUUGGGACGAGGAUCGGGAUGGGCUUUGGGAUGAUGGCGUUUGGGGUUCUGGCUGGGGGCCCUGGGGCAGGGGAUAUUCUUGGUGGGGCGGGGGAUUUGAAUUGGGAUGGGCUUUGGGUGUUUGGGGGGGUUGCUACGCUUGUUGCUGCGGGUGUGUUUUUUGUGCUUAGGAUUGUGAGGGGUGGGUUCAAGGUGGCGGUUAAGGUGUAG